AUGAUUCCUACAGACAUGUCUCCAAUGGAUCGUGAAGUUCCCAAAAGCCCGCCUACUACAAAGUACGAUUCGGACUACCUCGAAGAGAAAGAUGCAGGAUUCGAAGUCUCUGCUCCUGGUUCAUUCCUAUCAGAGCCACACAAGUCUUACUUGAUUCAACGACAUGGCACUUUGGAUCUGGAUCCCAUCCCUAGCAUGGAUCCAGCGGAUCCAUACAACUGGGCUUCCUGGAAGAAAAUCGCAAACCUAAGUCUUGUAGCGUUCCAUGCGUGCAUGGGCACUUUCACUGCCGCAGCCAUUAUUUGUGCCUACGAGAACAUCGCCGAAGAAUUGGAAGUCUCGAUUCAGCGAGUGAGCUAUCUUACUUCGCUGCAGAUUGCUAUUCUCGGAGGAGCACCCCUGUUUUGGAAGCCGCUCUCACAUCGUUUUGGACGUCGCCCGAUUUUCCUCCUCUCGCUCCUCCUGAGCUGCAUCUGCAACAUUGGGUGCGCAAAGAGUACCGACUAUGCUUCCAUGGCGGCAUGUCGAGCACUCGUUGCGUUUUUCAUCUCACCUGCCAUGGCUAUUGGAAGUGGUGUCGUGACUGAGACUUUCUUCAAACAUGAGCGUGCGCGCUACAUGGGUGUGUGGACCUUGAUGGUGACGCUGGGUGUUCCAGUCGGUCCUUUCAUUUUUGGAUUCGUUGCGCAGCGCGUCGGCUACCGCUGGAUCUACUGGACGUUGGCUAUUACAAACGCCGUCGAGUUCAUUUUAUAUAUAUUCUUCGGUCCUGAGACCCGCUACAUUGGCGCCGACGUCCAAUCGCGCUCAUCAGCGCUCAAGACAGAAUACAUGUCCAUUCGUCGCAUCGAUCCAACACCAUUCAAGUUCAGAGAGUUCUGGCAUCCCCUGACUCUCUUCACGAACAUUCCCGUUCUCCUCGCGGCGGUCGCGUACUCCAUGGUUUUCCUCUUCUGUUCAGUUUUGAACUCUGUGGAGGUCCCUCAGUUGCUGCAAAGCAAAUUCGAACUCAACGCACAACAACUUGGUCUUCAGUUCCUGGGAUUGAUCAUCGGUUCACUAUUAGGUGAACAGCUAGGUGGAUACAUGUCUGACCUGUGGAUGAACACCCGCGCCCGGAAAAUCGGACGAAAGCCUGCACCAGAAUAUCGCCUUUGGUUGAGCUACAUCGGCUUCCUACUGAGUAUUGCUGGCAUGGUCGUGUUUUUGGUCUGUACCGAGCAAGCUUCAACUGGAAAGUGGGAUGUCAGACCCAUUGUCGGAACGGGUGUUGCCGCCUUCGGUAACCAGGUUGUCACCACUGUCCUCACUACCUAUGCCGUGGAUACCUAUCCCCAGGAUGCAGGCAGUGUUGGUGUAUUCAUCAAUUUUGUGCGAUCGACUUGGGGAUUCAUUGGACCUUUCUGGUUUACGUCAAUGUUCGAGAGCGUUGGAAUUGCGGCGAGCUCUGGCGUAGCUGCUGCCUUGAUAAUGGGUGCUGGAUUCUUGCCCAUGGCUCUGAUGCAUUGGCAGGGGCAGAAAUGGUAUAGCAAGUCUGAUUGA